AUUGGGACAUAGUUGUGAGAGCUAUAUUAAAUAAAAAAAAACGAUUUUAUUUCAUAUGGCUAUAGUUGUAAGUCAGUUUUAAAAAGCAGAUUAUUAAAGGAAUAUAUUAAUGACAUAUGAGCUUUCUACGUGCAUACUAAAAAUGAUCUUAUUGUACAUCGUGAUUGUGUCGUCUGUUACCAUUCAAACAGUUAAAAGUCAAGGGAAUGCAGUAUGUGACUGUCAGGAAGUUGGUGCAUUAAAGGAUAUGGUACUACAAGUGAUGAUAGAACAACGAAUGGAGUCUGCUAGAGUUAGUAGAUUAGAAGCGAGAAUAAAGACAUACGAGACAACUGGACCAAUUCCAAAUGAUCGCCUGAAAAGAUUAGAAAAAAACGUAAACGAUAUCAAUAUGAAAUUUAAUGAAACAGUAACUGGGGAAAAGGAUAAACAGAUAGGAUUCCAUCGAGGCAUUGGUACCAUUGUACAGAAGGCGCUGAUCUCGGAGAAAAAAGAAAGAAAAAAAUUGGUUUCAAGCAUAAAUAAAAUAGUAAAUGAAUACAAGGACACCAUUGAAACGUUCAAAGAAGCGAUGAACAAUACCAUCGACAAACGUUUCCAAGACAUAACUGCUGAACAAGUGAAAUAUAAGGACACCAUUGAAACGUUCAAAGUUGCGAUUAACAAGACCAUCGACAAACGUUUCCAAGACAUAACUGCUGAACAAGUGAAAUAUAAGGACACCAUCGAAACGUUCAAAGUUGCGAUUAACAAGACCAUCGACAAACGUUUCCAAGACAUAACUGCUGAACAAGUGAAAUAUAAGGACACCAUUGAAACGUUCAAAGAAGCGAUUAACAAUACCAUCGACAAUCGUUUCCAAGACAUAACUGCUAAGCAAGUGGACUAUAAGGCCACCAUUGAAACGUACAAAGAAGCGAUUAACAAUACCAUCGACAAUCGUUUCCAAGACAUAACUGCUAUGCAAGUGGAAUAUAAGGCCACAAUUGAAACGUACAAAGAAGCGAUUAACAAGACCAUCGACAAACGUUUCCAAUACAUAACUGCUAAGCAAGUGGACUAUAAGGCCACCAUUGAAUCGUACAAAGAAGCGAUUAACAAUACCAUCGACAAUCGUUUUCAUGACAUAACUGCUAAGCAAGUGGACUAUAAAGCCACCAUUGAAACGUACAAUGAAGCGAUUAACAAGACCAUCGACAAACGUUUCCAAUACAUAACUGCUAACCAAGUGGACUAUAAGGCCACCUUUGAAACGUACAAAGAAGCGAUUAACAAUACCAUCGACAAUCGUUUCCAAGAUAUUGUAGCUAAACAAAGGGAAUAUAAGGACACGCUUGAAACGUUCAAAGUUUCGAUUAACAAAACUAUAGACGAACGUUUCGAAUAUAUAUCUGCUAACCAAAUCAAGUACAGGAAUGAAAUUUCAUUAGAUCUUAUCACACUUAACGAGACGAGGUAUAUGGUAGAUACACUAGGUAAAAUAGUGGAAGGAGGCCAAGUUCGAUUAGUUAAUGGCUCGAAUCAGUAUGAAGGGAGACUAGAAGUAUGGCAUGAUUGGUCUUGGGGAACUGUAUGCGAUGAUGGGUUUGAUACGCUAUCAGCAAGUGUUGUUUGUAGGAUGCUCAAUUUUCAACAUACUAAUCCUGUGGUAUUCAAGUCUGCUUACUUCGGCGCUGGAAAAUUACCAGUACAUUUAAACAAUGUGAAAUGUUCGGAAACAGACAUAAGAAUAUCUCAGUGUCCGCAUUCGGGUUGGGGAAAACAUAAUUGCAGUCACGACAAAGAUGUUGGCAUAUCAUGUACACCAGUUCGAUUGGUGAACGGAUCAAAUCAAUAUGAAGGGAGACUGGAAGUAUUGCAUAAUGGUACUUGGGGAACAGUAUGCGAUCAUGCGUUUAGUGAGAUGUCAGCAACUGUUGUUUGUAAGAUGCUGAAUUACCCACACACUUAUCCAAUUGUAUUACGGUCAGUACAUUUUGGCGCCGGAGCAUCACUAAUACAUUUUGACGGUGUUUACUGUAAAGGAACUGAAACAAGCAUAACACAAUGCCCGCAUAAAGAAUGGGGAAUUACUGAUUGUGAUCACCAUAAAGAUGUUGGCAUAUCAUGUACACCAGUUCGAUUAGUAAACGGCUCAAAUCAGUAUGAAGGGAGACUAGAAGUAUGGCAUGAUUGGUCUUGGGGAACUGUAUGCGAUGAUGGGUUUGAUACGCUGUCAGCAAGUGUUGUUUGUAAGAUGCUCAAUUUUCAACAUACAAAUCCUGUGGUAUUCAAGUCUUCUUACUUCGGCUCUGGAGCAUUUCCGUUACAUUUAGACAAAGUGAAAUGUUCGGAAACAGACACAAGAAUAUCUCAGUGUCUGCAUUCGGGUUGGGGAAAACAUAAUUGCAGUCACGACAGGGAUGUUGGCAUAUCAUGUACACCAGUUCGAUUGGUGAACGGGUCAAAUCAGUAUGAAGGCAGACUGGAAGUAUGGCAUGAUGGUGCUUGGGGAACAGUAUGCGAUGAUGCGUUUAGUAAGAUGUCAGCAACUGUUGUUUGUAAGAUGCUAAAUUAUGCACACACUAAUCCUAUGGUGUUAAGGUCUGCACACUUUGGCGCUGGGGCAUCACUUAUACAUUUAGACGGUGUUUACUGCAAAGGAACGGAAACAAGCAUAAUGCAAUGUCCGCAUAGAGAGUGGGGAAUAACUGAUUGUGAUCACCAUAAAGAUGUUGGCAUAUCAUGUACACCAGUUCGAUUAGUAAACGGCUCAAAUCAGUAUGAAGGGAGACUAGAAGUAUGGCAUGAUUGGUCUUGGGGAACUGUAUGCGAUGAUGGGUUUGAUACGCUGUCAGCAAGUGUUGUUUGUAAGAUGCUCAAUUUUCAACAUACUAAUCCUGUGGUAUUCAAGUCUUCUUACUUCGGCUCUGGAGCAUUACCAGUACAUUUAGACAAUGUGAAAUGUUCGGAAACAGACACAAUAAUAUCUCAGUGUCCGCAUUCGGGUUGGGGAAAACAUAAUUGCAGUCACGAUAAAGAUGUUGGCAUAUCAUGUACACCAGUUCGAUUGGUGAACGGAUCAAAUCAGUAUGAAGGGAGACUGGAAGUAUUGCAUAAUGGGGCUUGGGGAAAAGUAUGCGAUGAUGCGUUUAGUGUGAUGUCAGCAACUGUUGUUUGUAAGAUGCUGAAUUACCCACACACUAAUCCUAUGGUGUUAAGGUCUGCACACUUUGGCGCUGGGGCAUCACUAAUACAUUUAGACGGUGUUUACUGCAAAGGAACGGAAACAAGCAUAAUGCAAUGUCCGCAUAGAGAGUGGGGAAUAACUGAUUGUGAUCACCAUAAAGAUGUUGGCAUAUCAUGUACACCAGUUCGAUUGGUGAAUGGGUCAAAUCCAUCUGAAGGGAGACUGGAAGUAUGGAAUGAUGGAUCUUGGGGAACAGUGUGCGAUGAUGACUUUACAACGCUUUCUGCAACUGUUGUUUGCAAGAUGUUAAAUUAUCCACAUACAGAUCCUUUGGUUAUAAUGUCCGCAUACUUCGGCGCCGGAAAACUGCCAAUACACGAUGUUAAUUGUACAGGAACUGAGAUAAGCUUACCACAAUGUCCACCUAGAACUCGGGGAACAAAUAAAUGUAGUCAUAAUGAAGAUGUCGGCAUAUCAUGUACAAAAGUUCGACUUGUUAACGGAUCAAGUCAAUAUGAAGGAAGACUGGAAGUAUGGCAUGAUGGGUCAUGGGGAACAGUAUGCGAUCAUGAGUUUACAGAACAAUCUGCUCGUGUUGUUUGUAAUAUGCUGAAUAAUCAAGGUUCUGAUCCCGUGGUAUAUGGGUCCGCACACUACGGCGCCGGAAUAUUGCCAAUACAUUUGGAUGAUGUAAAAUGUACAGGCUCUGAAUCAAGCUUAUUUGAUUGUCCGCAUAGAGGUUGGGGAUCAAAUAAUUGUGGUCAUGGUGAUGAUGUCGGCAUAUAUUGUGUACCAAGAGGUAAUCUUUCUAAUAAUUAUAGUUUAUAUGAAAUAUGA